AGUGGUGUAAUUAAUCUGAGACGAGGAUGGUGACACGUUUCAGCCUUUCAGGUAUGUUUACAACUUUAGCAUAAAGUGCGAUUUGAAUUUCACUUUUAACAGUUCACCCUAAAAAUGUUAAAUCAUGUCAUUACAAGACUGAUCUGAAUUCUUGCUUACUGUGAGUGUUGUUUGAGUGUUCUUAUCUGUCGAGUCCUGUGCACAAGUCUCGAGCCAACCCUCAUUCCUUUUACAUUUUCAUCAUGAAAUAUAACUAUAAGGUAAGAGGGAACAAUAUAAGUGAGUUACUGAAACGUGCACACAUGAAACACAGUAUAUAAGACAAAUAGUUCGUACAGUUCUAAUAGCUUGAAAUUAAUAUUUGGUAUGGCCGCCUUUAUAUUUCGACGCACCCAGGAAUCCUUCUCCAGGCUUCUUGAAGAACAUUCAAAGCUCUCUUUGGAUGUUGGCUGCCUUUUGUUCUGCUCUCAGUCAAGAUGAUCACACACUGCUUCAAUAAUUUUGAGGUCCAAGCUCUGGGGAGGCCAAUCCAUGACUCCAUUGUGUUUUACAGAUGACUGUUGACACUCACUGUUGUACCUCUACCCUGACGUCCUUGGUACAUAUUCAUGAUAAUAAGACGUGUUGCCACUGGUUUUCAGUCCAGUUCUUGUGUAAUUUGGCAUACCUCAACAUACCUUUCUGCCUGUUUCUCUUCCUUAAGAAUAACUCCUUGAUAGCGACCCCAUUAAGACCAUUUAUGAUUCAGUGAACAUUAGAUGGAUGAAGUGAAGGCCCAGAUGAAUCUCUCCAUCUUACUUCUAAAGGACAUGACUUUCAGAUGCUGCUCAUCUGCUGUAGAUUUUUUUUUUAGCCCUGAUGCUUCUUCUUUUGUACUCCACUUGUCGAGCUUCCUCAAUUUGUUUUAGGGAGACACUGCAGACCACACCAAGAUGUGCCAAGUUUUAAGCUAAUAUCUUUUUGGAAAUGGCCUUGUUAGUGCAGAAAUCGAAUUUUACGCACGUCAAGCUGACAGUUUUCCUAUAUGCAAAUAAAGAAAUGGGAACAAUUUAUGUGUUUACAACUUCAAGUUCUUUCUAGGUUGUCUGCCACAAAACUGGUUUAACAACAACACUAGUUCAACCUUCAAGUUAAGUAUCCUUUAUUGUGUUUGAAUGAUUGAUAGGUCAGUGUUAAGUGACUUAACAAACAAACAAAAUGGUUACGUACAAGGCCUGGAUUGAAAAUGAGUGAAAAAGCAGACAAUGUCCAAGAACACUUUAACAGAUCUUCAGAAGCCUGGAGAACUAUUGCUCAAGAUCACUUUUAAAAGAAAUUACAAGCGUCUGGCUCCUUGGAAACAAAAUAUUUAAAGGGUGUCACAAGACUUAGUACUGUAUAACUGCCACCAUAGGUAUAGCACUUAACAAGAUGUCUCAUUGUUUAUUUUAUUCUGUGGCCAAGCAGUCUAGACGGCUGCCUGACUGUGAACAAUGCAGGUUCAUCCUCACCCACCAAAGUAGCAUGCCAGGUCAGAGGUCACCCUGUAACACCUGCCACUAGGGGGACAUAUGGAGUUCACAUGAAGAAGACAAUGAGGGAGUGGAGCAAUGCAGUCUGCGGGGCCCUUUAACGAAAAACUAAAGCCCUUUAGCCAGCUCUUUCCACCCUCGGGGCAGAACAUCAGCUGUAUGCUAAUUUUCACAGGGCAGCGGUGGCCUCACAGAGCAGUGAAUGUGCUGGCUCACUCUCAAAGCCAGAAAUGAUUGCGCUUCAUCUUGCAGAUGUCCUUUUACACUAAAUGAUGCCACUUAGGAUUUUUGUGUUGUACAUGUUUUGUUCCAAGUUAUCUCCAGUUUCUUCAAAAUGGCAUUUCAUUUGUUCAGUCCUCGCUCGGCCCACCUCCAGAGGGCUUUCUAAAAAUAAAGAGUGGAAAUAAGUCUCAUUUCCGGUGAGGACACAAUUUUUACAUCAGGUUCUGCUGAAAGAGAGCUCAGCUGCUGCUUCUGUUAAUACGUCAACUACAGCCAGCUAUCCUGAUAAAUGCUUGUGUUCAAAUGUACAUAAAUGUGUGGAAUAAAGUGGCAGUUUUGAUGUGUGAAAUUGAUUGCAGCAGUGAUAGUAAAGCAUCGUGAAAGGCUCUUUGUGUUUCACAGCAGGCUUAAGGCAUUAGAUGACGGGAACUGGAGGACAUAUGGGACUAAGAGUUUUGUGACCCCCUCAGCCUCCACAGGCCCAUCUGUUCCUUCAUCCUUCAGGCUUAACACUACAGGCAGUGAGGUUUUUGGGACACAGGCCCCUUUUUUCACAAGUUCUGCUGUACGACAAAUCUGGCCAACAUAUAUUCACGAAUAUUCAAAGAGUUAAGUAUUACUUGAACUGUAUCGGAUCAUCAAGAAGAUCAUUCAGCAACAUUUUCCUGAUGAUAGAGUCUGACAAAGGUCAAGGCAAAUAAUCUACGCAAGUAUAUAUCUUUCCUUUUUUCAAUUCUGUUUAUAAGGGAGUUCAGUUGCAUAUGCAUAACCAUUGGCUGCCCUAUAGGUAGGGUUAGGCCCAACCAAUCACAGCACUUCAAUCCAAUCUAAAAAGCAAAAACAGUAAAUACCUUUUGUUUCACUUUUGUGUAAGACAACCUGUGCUGUUUUUCUUGUCAGGCAGUGAAUAUUUGGCUGUCACAAAUCACCCUUGUUGGCCCUUAAUUGUUAAAGCAAGUUACAUCCUUCCUCUCUGCCAUCAGUACUUGUUUCAGCGUUGACAAAGACUGACAUUUUUCAUGAUUUCACUGAAAGCAGAUGUGAUGAAAUUGGACAAUAAAGUAAUUUGUUUGUUUGUUUGUUUUUCUUUUUACAAGAAGUUACCAUAUUGAAGCUAAUGGUGUUUGCAGUUUUAAAUUUCCUCAAUUUUUCAGCCCUGGAAGUUCUCACUUUUACUGACUUAACUUUGAAUGAUUCUUUAAAUGAACUGCCACCUGCUAAGCUUUUUGGGUAAUAUAGGCAAGAGGCUUUGACAAGGUUUGAAAAGUGCAAGUGAGAAACAAACAAACAACUGUGUCUGCCUUAUCAAUUUUUUGCAAGCUGCCCAUUAUGAGUCCAGCAAUACAUGUAUGGUACUGAAUCCAGUGUAAUUUUCAUAAUGCUAUUUUCUCUUCCCUUUUAAGCCAACUAUACCUGAAGCAUCAAGAGUAACACUACUGAAAAGACCCUUCAGAGUGUUAAAUAUAUUCACAUUUGUACUCUCAAAUGUUAUUUUACCCAUGGUCCAUGUACAUAUGAUUUUCCUUAUUAUGAGUAUCACUGACACCUAUCUUGCCAUCCUCUUAGAUCCUUUGAAUAGAAACCUUUUCAUACUUUUCAGGGCAUAUCUCAUAUAAAUCCCUGCAUUGUUCAGUUCAGUAUACCCUAUCUGCAAUACAUGAAAGCAACUUUGAACUUAAAAAUGUAAAUGUACUAAAUAAAUGAUAAAUCUACUACAUUGCAAUGCAACAUUUAUGCCUUACGUGUAAAGAAGGUAAUGUAUAUAGCAGAAUCAUCUCAAGUCCUGCAUUGAAAAUGCCUGAUAUAAAGGCAUAAUCGGGACAAGUUGGGACAACUGCUGAUUACUAUUGUUGUGGAUACAGCUGCUGUUUUUGUAAUUUAUACAUAUAUUGGGUAAUACUGGUGUUGUUAACUGUGCCAGUAUAGUAUUUCUGAUAUUUAUCUGUAGUAUCACAUCAAUUUUAAAAGUGUAACGAAAACAUAGUGUAAUGAAAACUUGAACCUAUUUUAAAAGGGGAGAGGGGGGCAAGGAAGACCAAAAUAGAAAAAUAUUUGCAAUUAGUCACCAAAGCUGUCAAAUAAAUGCAGUGAAGCAGAAGUCAAAACUUUCAUAAAAAAAAAUACUUGAGUAAAGCCUGGUGAGGUAAAGUUCCGUUUAUUUCAGGCUCCGUGAUAAACUAUAGCCAUAAGGUACGAUCAGAUCUAAAUGUUCCAGCCACGAAAGUACCCCGCACUGUGCGUGCGGAUGGGAAGGAUAUCUCCGCCCAGGCACUGAUCCUAUUGGCGGAUCCCGCUGUCAAAUCCGGAGGGUCCUGCUCGGAAGGCUCCACUGAUUGGCUACAGGGGUCUGUGUGUGUGUGCAGGCAGCGCAGUCUGUUUGAAUGUGCUGGUGACUGAAGAGGAUCAUUUCCAUGGACCAUCUGUCUUACUGGCUGCGCACAAAACAAAGAAGGACCCAGGAUGGUUUUAGUGCAUGUCGGAUAUCUGGUUCUCCCCGUCUUCGGCUCAGUUAGAAGCAGAGGAGCGCACUUCACCAGGCAUCAACACAGCCAUGCUACCUCCUGCCGACACUUUCACCUGGGUGCUCCCCAGGCGCCCAUCUCAGCUGAGUUUCCUCUAGGACAUGCCAGCCAGCCCCCGCAGACAGGCCUGGCCACCCACCUGCCCCCGACGCACCAUCCACCCCUCACUGCCCUGCCCGGACCCCCUCAGUUUCAGGAUGUGCCGGGGCCUUCAUUCCUACCUCAGGCCUUACACCAGCAAUACCUCAUCCAGCAGCAGCUCCUCGAAGCGCAGCAUCGCAGGAUCCUCCCACACUCCAGAAGAGCCCAGGAGCGUAUUCCCCUGAACCCUCACAGACUGCGUUCGGGCUACGAGUACUCCCCGCCCCUCCAUGUUCCUCAGCCAAUGACACAACAACCGCGGUACCUGGCCGAAGGCACCGACUGGGAUCUCAGCGUAGAUGCUGGCCUCCCUCACCAUCAGUACCAGCUCCAGCAGCUUCCGCAGCACUAUCAGCAUUACCUGGCCUCCCCUCGAAUGCAUCACUUUCCCAGGAACACAUCCUCUGCACAAGUGGUUGUGCAUGAAAUCAGAAACUACCCAUACCCCCAGCUUCACCUGUUGGCGCUGCAAAGUUUAAAUCCUUCGAGGCACGCCACUGCUGUGCGAGAAAGCUAUGAGGAGCUGCUGCAGCUGGAGGAUCGACUGGGGAGCGUUAGCAGAGGAGCUGUUCAGACAACCAUAGAGAGAUUUACUUUUCCACACAAAUACAAGAAGAGAAAGCCCCUGCAGUUGAAGAUUGGGGAGGAGGAGGAAACAGAUGUUGAUGAAAAAUGUACCAUAUGUUUGUCCAUGCUGGAGGACGGAGAAGAUGUCAGGAGGCUGCCCUGCAUGCACCUCUUCCACCAGGGCUGCGUGGACCAAUGGCUGGCCACCAGCAGAAAGUGUCCAAUCUGUCGAGUUGACAUCGAAACACAGCUGAACCCCGACAGCUGAUGAGAUUCGACACUCUCGUGAUUCAGUCGCCCUCGUGGUGCGAUUCUUGCUUUCUUCCACCCCCGGCUCGCCAGCCUCCCCCACCUUACCCUACCCCACCCCACCUCCCUCGACCUCCUCCUUCCCGUCGGGUGCUUUGCCAAAUGUCUCCAGACUUCAUGUGACAUCACCACCCUUCUGAGUCACGCUUUACUGAGCCAAGCCAGGAAAACUAACUGCACGGAGAGGCCGCAAAGGACUCUCUUUAUAUAGAAGCACAUCCCUCUGGAAGCAAAAGACACACUAACAAACACAUACUCAUAUACACAGGGUUUACUUGUAGCUUGCUGGUCUUACGUGGGGUUGUUAUUGCUGUUGUGGUGUUGUACUGUAGGUAGCCUGGGGCUGUGUAGCAUGUCCUCAAAGCCAUGACUUAAUGUCCUGAGACUAGAAAACACAUAACCCCAGACCUAGCUGGCUACUUUUCUCUCUUCUCUUCAAUCUCUCUCUCUUGCUCUCUUUUUACACACACACACACACACACACACACACACACACACACACACACACACACACACAAAUAUAUAUUUCUCUCUUUUUAAACACAAUCAAAAUGAAUAUUCUGCCACGCAAGAAAGCUUAACAGAAUCUAAAUGCUCUGAUGCCAUGUUUACCUAAAGAUCAUUUGUGGUCGUAGUAGAGUAGCAGUAACCAAUAAGUGAGAUCUGGUGCGACCUCCUCGAGGCCAAGCACCAGCUAGCUGGGUGUUUUAAUUCUCUCAUGCAGCUUUUGACAUUUCGCAGUACAGUUGUGCGUUUACCUUGGGUUGGUGUCAUGUGCAGAUGGUGUGAUGUGAUUAGGUCUCAUUCACUGUCAGGGAAAACCCAGUGACUGCGAUGUUUUUGUGUUUGAAAUUGAAAAAGAAGAAGAAGACAAAAAAUAAUAGUGUUUUCACCAAAAUGCAUUAUGUCACAGUGUAGCUUGAAUCUCCGCACAGGUUUUAUGUCCACUGCCCAUGCCAUGUGUCACUUCAAGAGACUGCGUCUCACACAAACGUGUUAGGUGAAGAACACGGCCACCGGAGUGCUUAUACAACACAAAACCAAAAGAAACAAAAAGAAAAAACACAAAAAAACCUGAAAAGGGAUGAACAACAGAAGCUAUCAUGCACUGCAGAGCGAGGUGGGAGGAUUUAGCUGCCCUUGUACCUGCAUUUCCAUCUGGCACUAGGCCAGUGGCAGAACAGUGCACACUAAAAAACAAAAAAGGAAGAUUGCAUGUUUCAUUUUUUGGGUUUGGGGCUGUUGGCUGUGGUAGCGUUUCUUCACUUUUAAAAGGUACAGAGACGCCUGUGCAUGACUUAGUUAAUCUGAGCUGUGACUAUCUUCUGAACACUAACAAAUAUUAAUAAUAAUAAUAAUAAUUUUUAAAAAGUCAGUGGUUUGCUCCCCUGACUUGUAGCGCGUGUCAUCCGGUUCCCUUUGGUGGCGACCUUGGGAUCCUGUUUUUUGAUGUUUACCUUAUUGCCUAAAGAACAAGCACAUGUGACGAUAGUUAUAGCAACAAAAGUUUCUCCUCGGCAUCGCGUUUGGUUUAUAUAUAGGUACGGAUUCAUGCAGUGUUUUGAGCUGGGAGAGGAGCUUGCGUAUUGAUCUUGUGUUAUAUUUGUGUGACAGACCUCCCCUCGUGGUUGCUAUGCUGGUUGCUAUGCUGUAUUUGCUAGAACAUGUAGAAACGUGGUGCGACGGAGGCAGCCUCCCUCUCACAGUGCACACAGACACGAGACGACAGGACAGCAGGAAAGCAUUCAGGCUGUUAAAACACACACUCUCUCUAUCACCAUUUCUUCUCUCUUUUUUUUACCCUUUGUGUCAGCUUGUCACUUCAGUUCCACAGAGCUGUGUGUGUUUGUGUGUGUGCGCGUGUGUUACAGGACGCCUUUAGGACCCUCACUGUCCUCUCUGCACUGUGAUAGCAUAUAACAAGGGUAACACUUGGCCCAGAGACUCAAUUAACAAGGCUUACUUCUUCCUGUCUUGUGCACUGCCAGUGUUGACACUGCCUCCUCCUGUAGUGGAGUCAUCCGUGAUGAAAGUUGUCAUAGUUUACACAGGGUGUUGUCAGUUGAGAUGCCUUAAGUAUUUAACAAUCAUAAUUUAUUACUAACUGUAGAUACUGUGGGUAUGUAUUUAAUUUUAUAUAGUUUUUUUUUCUUUUUCUGGAGUUGGGUUGACUGAAUCAUAAUUUAUUUAUUUACAAAUAUAACAUGAAAAGGCUAUUAAAAAAUGGAUACCUCAUGUUUUUUGGUUGCAUUGUUUUAAAUGGGAAUGCUUUGCAUGCAGUUGUACUUUUUCGGAACACUAAAAGUAAAAAAAAAAGGGGAAAAAAAGUUCUGCUGUUUGAUCUCCACAAGCUGGCUGUGCGAUGUUUACUGACCAAGGCUGAGCUACUGAGCCCGUUCUCUCUCUUUCUCUCUCUCUCUUCCUGUCUUCUAUGUCUCUUUUUCUCUUUCAUGUGGUGCUGUGGAUCUUGGUUACAUUCCAUUCAAUGCAAUCUCUCCAAUCCCCCAUGCUGUGAUGUAGUGAACAAACUGCAAGUGAAUUGGUUUUGGUUUGUGACAAUUUUUUUCUUUUUUUUUCUUUCUUUUGCACUAACUUGUUUAAAAUGGGAACCCUCUCACUGGCAAAAAAAAAUAAUAAUUUUAGAUUAUUUAAAUGAACUGGCUUUUAUUUUUUUAUGCUCUGCUUCUCACACAAUGCACUAAGGGUCUUAAUGAAACAUGUUCCUUUGUUUUAACUCUUUGUGUUAUCUCUUCAGUUGUCAUCUCUCUAGUGUUUCUCUGUUCGUUGGUUUCUUAUGUUGUUGUUUUUUUUCCCAAAAUGCUUUGUAGAUUUAAGCAUAACAAGUGCCUCGCUUUAAGUGUUAGGGAAUAUUUCCAUAUAACGGAAACCAUGAACAACAAUCAGUCCAUCCACCAUGCCUUACUGGUUGCUUAGUUAAUUAAGUGAAUGGAAAACGAAGGAGCUGAGACAACAUUUGACUAAAGCCAUUAUAAUCAAUCAAUCCAAGUCAAGCUGUCCAAAAACUAGCUGCCGGUUUGUAGUACCGAAGCACUGCAUUGCUGUGGAAAUAGCUCUGACUAUAAAGAGGCAUGUUUCACCGUGGGCUUUACAGCGGUCCUUUCGAUGUACUUCUCCAUUCUGUUUUCUCCUCUUCUUUCCGUCUCCGUUUGAUUUUACCGUCCGUCCCUCCUCUCCGACUCUCUCUCUGUUUGCUUUCACAGUCUAAAAAAGGAAGGCAAGGAUUUAAAGCACAACCUUUUCUAAAGAACAAAAAACAAAUGCAUGUUUUCUCAGGUUUCAGUGUAGUCGCAAUGGUUUCAUAGUAUAUGGUGAAAAUAUAUACAAAGAAUAUAACAGAAAAAAAAUUAUAAAUUUUGUUGCUGCUUGAAUCUGACAAAAACCAACAAGUGAAGAGAAACUAUCCCAAAAAGUGCCAGUGAAAGGGCUGCCGCCAUCCUUGUAUGAAAACCUGCUGUUUAGCUGUGACUGCGCAAUGUUUUUUCAAAAUAGGAUAUUUUAUCUGAAAAUAGAACUAUUUAUCAUUAAUAUUAAAGCAAUAGCGCAUUAAAAUGGUUUUGAGCGUGUUGAUGAUGAAGUGGAUGAGCCUGUUAUGGGUAAAUGUUAGAUUUACAUUUGGUGGAAUUUUGUACUUUAUUUAUUAUUACUACUACUAAUAAUGAUGAUAAUGAUCUCAAAGGUUGCAUUGCUAAACCCAAACUGUUCUGGUUUUAAUUUUUAUUUUAUUUCAUGGCUUGUAUAUUAUCCUUUUAUAUGUGCUCUUUUUGUAAUAAACUUGAUAAAAUGGAAGUGAA